GUGAGAGUAUGUCUCGACAUCACGGCAAGUUAGAUAGUAUAUAGUUCGGUCAGAGCGAACUCUGCAAUCUUCACAAAUCAUCUGGAGUAAUUCAAUCUGAUCGAGCCAUGUCUCUUGCACCACCGUUCACCAAAGAAACCGCCCAUGCCAAGGUCAAGAAGGCCCAGGACCUGUGGAACACCCAAAAUCCCCAGGUCAUCGCACAGGCCUACACCCCCGACAGUGUGUGGCGCAACCGAUCGUCGUUCCUCGUAGGCACGGCAGCUAUCGAGGACCUCUUGACCAAGAAGUGGGAGAAGGAGAAAAGCUACCGGCUACGCAAGGAGCUUUUCGCAUUUACCGACAACAAAAUUGCAGUGCAGUUCUGGUACGAGUUCCAGGAUUCCCAUGAUGGCAUGAGGUGGAAGCGGUGCUACGGUCUCGAAGACUGGACAUUCGCCGAGGACGGAAAGAUGCGGAAGCGGCAGAUGAGCGGCAACGAUAUCGAUAUCGAAGAAGCUGAUCGAUGGUUCAAGGACGGUGUUGAUGUUAAUCAAGUCGACAUUAGCGAAGCUCAUUGGUGAACCAGUCUA